AUGGCGAUGAUGAUGACUGGCCGUAUGCUGCUGGUGUGUGCCCUCUGCGUGCUGUGGUGCGGUGCCGGCGGUGGUGGAUGCUCUGAAACAGCUCCAGUCGUUCCGGGUACUGGUGUGACCGGUAACGGCAAUAAUCCUGAAAGUAAAAGCAACACAACUGAUGGCGUUGGAGGAGAUGGCCAAACUGGUCAAAAGGCAGUUACACAACCAGCAGCAGGAUCGGUGCAAAAAGUACCGGGAACGGAAGCGGAAUCGGCACCAAAACCCGGAGCACAAGUUUCAGGAACGGCAGAAGAAACGAUAGAAAAAAAGGACACAACGAAAAAAGAAGAUGAAGAUGAAGAGGAAGGGAAGGAUGAGGACAAGGAGGAGGGAGAGGAGGACGAUGGAGGAGAGGAGAAAAAGGAAAAGGAAGAAGAUGAUACAAGCACCACAGAGGGGAAGUCAGCGAUCGGUCAGGAGGAGCCAAUUUCACCUUCCGGUACAGUGAAAGCAUCGAAUAAAACACAACCCCAAAGCACUCAAACAACUAGCGACAAAGAUCAAGCAGCUGAUGGUGCAGGGACACAAGAAGAAAAAAAAAAUGAAAAUAAAGAAGCCAAUCCGAAGGAAACAACAGUCGAAGCCACAGCCAUGAAAACCACAACGGCGACGACUGGCGACAGUGACAGCAGCACCGCGGUCUCCCACACCAAAUCCCCUCUUUUGCUUCUUCUUGUUGUUGCGUGUGCGGCUGCUGCUGCGGUGGUGGCCGCGUGA